CUAACGUUCACAGCGUAUCUUUGCCCGGCGCCGAGAGCACCUUAGAGAAGAAACAGUUUGUGAGUGUUUAGUGCUUUUUCUCAAGAUUAUCUCCAUGGACAACCUGAAUGAUCCUCCUGGAUGGAAUAUAAGGCCAGUGCCACGUGAGGGUUCUGAUGGAGGGAAAUGGAACUACGCUCUGUUAGUCCCCAUGCUCGGCCUUGCGGCUUUUCGUUGGAUCUGGAAACGUGAGUCGCAGAGGCAGAUCCAAGAAGUUAAAAUCCGGUUUGAGGGGCAAGUGCCUGCCAUCGCCAAAGACCUGGAGCUCAAGUAUAAAGAUACGCUGAUGGAGAACCGACGCACAACUACCCUCCUGGAGCAAGAGGUAGAGAAAGCGCAUGACCAGGUGGAGCACUACAAGAAGGCCAUGGCCUCUCACAGCCAACAUCUCAUGGAGGAGCGUAAGCAGCUGCAGAAGGAACGUGAAGAGCUAGAGGACAAGAAGAAGCGUGCCCUGCAGACUGGAACAGCUGGACUGCUGCUUUAUGAAGCUCUGCAACAGGAGCAGGAAUGGCAGCAGGGAGCCCAGGUUUUGCUAAAUGAACUGGAGCACCAGCUGGUGGAGAGGCAGAGUGCCUUCUGCAGCCUGCUGCUGCCCAAGGAACGCAGGAUGGUGAUCGAGAGAAAUCUGCUGGUCAGAGUGGCCAGGGACCCAGCGGGGGUGGAAUUGGGCCUGGAGAAUGACAUCAAGGACAUUUUUAAAAAUGAUAGGCACUGCGCACAGAUGUUGAGUAUGGACAAGAGGAAAAAUGGGCAGCUGAUGUGGCUGUAUCUUAAAUACUGGAGGCUGCAGGUUACACUGCAGAAACACAAGAGAGCAGAGGGCAGGUUGAAAGGGUCACUGUCUGAUGUCAAGUGACCUUAGAAGGACAUUUAGAAAAUUAUAAUGCUUGUUUUGAACCCCCGGAUCUGCCGAUAGUGUGGGGAAGUUCUCAUGGUUUGCACUCCUGCAUAUAGAUAUAUGUAGACUGACAAAGUAAAAGAAACAAUGGUGGCACCAUGUUGCUGGUAUCCACUUGUCCCCUUAUAGUGAAGCAUCUCUUCAAAUCAAUCCAAAGUUCUGCUAACGCAUCACCUUUAUCCUGUGAUGAAACCUUCAUCCACGAUGACCCCAUCUCCGUCUACAGAGCACGAGGACUCGCUGAAAGGUUGAUAAAAAGCAAAAUGAUAUAAAUCAUAUGCUAUGGCCAUUUCAAGCCACUCAGACACCUUAGGGAGCUCUUGGACUGGCACAUACCUCUGUCACACUGCGCUCUAUUCCACCAUCACCACACCAUCAUCAAAACACUAUCUGAGGGAAAACCUUUUGGAAGAACAGUCAUCAUCAUUCUGGUACAUUUCCAGAGACUUGUAGAAUCUAUAAUAUGGUGCAUCGAGGGUGUUUUGGUGGCUUAUCAUGACCCAACACCUUACUGAGUCUCCUUUAAUUCGUCACCCAUCUGUAUGUUUCUUUAACUUUGUCUAGUCAAGCAUAUUAAUGAUGUUUUGGGGGAUGGGACUACUAAACCUACUGACAAUCAUUUGAAAAUAAUAAAAUAAUGCUGCUUCUCUGAGUGCAUAGUGCCUUUUCUGUUAUUCAGCAUGAAAUUAUAGUUGUUUUACGUAUUUGUUUUUUAUUCCUACUGAUGUAAAAUCAUCCCUAUAAUGAUAAUCUUUAAAAAUAUAUAAAUAAAUAACUUUCAUUCCAAAUAA